AUGCAUGCAUUUCCGACACCGGCCGAUGGCGUUGGGGCAGCAUCUAUAAUUCACCAACCGCCGUCGGCGGGUUCCAACACCGGCUCAUUCGACAAUGUUUCAUCACAAAUGCGAACACCGCCGCAACAGCAUGCCGUCCACACGCCUCCCCAGGGCAUCAGCGCCCAGUCACUAGGGAUAAUACAGCAGCAGCAGCAAUCGCAACCCCAGCAACAGUCUCACCAGCAGAGAAGUUGUCAGAAAUCCGGUCGCAUUUGCAAAUAUGCGGCCGACCACGACCCAGCUAACCUGUCCGACGCCUCCGACACUGAACCGGUAGAUACGAAUCGCCCAAAUAAACGGAGCUGCCCUCCCGGCACAACCAAUCCGAAUAAUGUUUCAGGCAAUGACAAUGCAACAACGCCCCUAAAGAAUGGCGGAUCACCCGGCAUGCCGAUGCUCGAAGAAUUGACUUUGCGGAUGGACCGGCUCGAGAGACAUAUGCAGGGCCGUAGCCCUGCCCCGACAGACACCAGCGGCGGCCGGAUCUUGUAUGCGGCUACCGACACUGUCAGAGGACUGUCAGUCAAACGAGGUGGUGCCGCGACCCGAUUCUUCGGCCAACACAGCCCGCGGGUGAUGCUCAAUGUGUUCCCCGAGGCACGGGCAUAUUUGAUGGGACACCAUCAGAGUCAUACUUCGGACGAGCUUCUUAGAAGCUUUGGUUUGUUACAUAAACAUCGGCAAGAUGAGUUGCAUCUCGCGAUGAAACCAAUCACGGUUUUUGUCGAUUCCAUGAUGCCGGUGCAGAAACGUAUGACCGAUAUCCUUCCCAAAAAAGAUAUAUGUGAUCAACUUGUCACCAUGUAUUUUGAUACCUCCGAGUCGAUUUACAGGAUUCUCCACGCAAGAACCUUCUAUGAUGCAUACAACGCGUACUGGGAUGGUAAACUGCAGUCUGAGUCCUUCCUGCCACAGCUGCUCUGCGUUUUAUCUGUUGCCUCUCGAUUCGAAACAAAGUCGAGAGGAAUGGGCCACGAACGCAUUGAGGGGGUUCAUAUUCCGACGGCAUGUGCUCUGGUGCAAAGCUGGCUCGAUAAUCUCAGAGGAAAGCAGCUCAUCGAUGUCAGUACUAUACAGGUACAAAUUUUGCUGAUACAUGCAUCAAGAAUGAUCACGCCUCGGCUGCAAGACUCGUGGAACAAGCUUGGGUACGUCUUGAGGCUCGCGAUGAGCAUGGGUAUGCAUCGAGAUCCCUCCGAGAGCGACCAGCGAAUCCCAGUCUUCUGGGGAGAAAUACGAAGGAGGCUGUGGUUUACUUUGGCAGACAUGGAUCUACACAUGUCGAUAGCCUGCAACAUGCCUUCUCUUCUUCGUGACGGGGACUUCACCUGCAGGCCACCGCGAAAUCUCAACGACGCCGAACUGUUUCCAGGGAUGCAGGAACUCCCGCCUACACGGCCAAUUGACCAGGUGACGGACAAUCAAAUGCAGGUAUAUGCCGCUAUAACACUGGCAGCUCGCAUGAGAGUGGCGCCGCUUGUCAAUCGAAUCGACUCCAUCCGCGACUAUUCAGAAGUCUUGGACAUCGGAACAAAGUUGGAGCGAUUUCUGGACGACAUCAACCAUUUAUAUCCACGACGAGGAUCCUACAGCGCGGCGCAGAAAAGCAAGCAAUGGAGAAGCCGCGUGAUCCUCGAUAUGCAUGUGAGGCGACCGCUUCUGGCACUUUACCGUCCCCUAGCACUUGGUGCGGCAGACGUGCCAGCGGAAAUAUCACGAUCAUUUUUGAAGUCGUCGGUGGUGAUUUUGAAUUAUCUUGAUGAGCUGGAUCCAACGCAUCCUCAAUUCCAAGGUGUGGCGGAGAUGUAUCAUCAAAUUCUAAAGCCAGAUAUUAUAUACUGCUCGCUGAGUGUUUGUUACUACAUUCAGUCUGCCGUCCGCCAGAAUUCGGAUUCACUAGUGUUUAACCAACAUGGCGGGCCAAGCUUGUCGUCUGCUCAUGGAGAAGACCUUUCACUUGCAUCCGCAGAGACCGUUGUGCCGUGGUCACCCGUGCGCCUGGUAUCCACGGUGCAGGAGAGUCUACAGCUGCUUAUCAAGUUUAUGGGUGGAGGCGACACCAAGGACGUAUUGUGUCUUGCCACCAUAUUAGAAACCGUCAAGACUGGCGAACCCAAUUUUCAAGAGAUGACACGCAAUCUCUAUGCUGUACUUGACAGCUGUCUCAGAUCUUCAAACAUACCGCAGGAAAAGCUUCGGGCUUUUUCCGCGGAGCACUACGGCACAGACUCAUACGUACACGGCCAAAUGAACUAUGGAUACGCCAACAGUGUGGGCUCGGGAGGGCCGAGCAACAACAGUCUCGCGGGUUGGGUCCUAUGGGAUGGAUGGGAGUGA